CCCACCAGGCCGCGGCUGGGGAGGCGCUCCGGGAGGGGACGAGCUGCCGUCACUGCCUUCGCUCAUGAACUGAAGGGCUGACCCGGAGCUCGGGGAGCAGCGCAGGGCUCAGAAUGCAGCGCAGGGGGAUGCGCAGCAGUAUCUGCCGCCUUUUGUCGCACCGCUUGAAUCAGUGCCCCUCUUCUGGGCCUCUGCUUUCCUGAAAGAGCUUUAAACAUGACCCACUCAAAGCUGGUUAUUGAGCUGUCCCACCCGUUGGCCUUUUUAACACUAGAAACAUGUAGGUGAAACUCGUAUUUUAAUAAAUGGUGGUGUGUAAUUCAUCUUAGGAUUCGGCCUAGUUGUGUGUUAGUUCCUUCGCUCAGUUUAAUGCUUAGUUUUGCAGAGGUCAGGUUGAGUGUCUGAGGUGGCUUGCCAUUGUCAACAUUGGGAAGAGAAGAGUCUUUUUCUUAUUUCAGCCUUAAGAAAGUGAUUCUUUGGCAUGGUAGGUGGUAUUUAUAUACCAACUGCCACACUGAGUUAAAAACAGCUCUAUUUCAGCACGGAUUUUAUUUGGAUGCUUCCUGUAUACCAAUAUCAUGUGACAGGCAUGCUCCAUCUCCUGAAGGUCAGUUGCACGUGCCCCUUCCUUGUGUAUUUUGAGUGGAAAUAAUUCUGCUCCUCUUUAAUGCUGUUCAGCAUCUCCGCAGAAUCGGUGAAGUUGGAGGGGACUGCUGCAGACCAUCAGUCCAAUGCUGCAGCUCAAGCAGGGUUAGAUUUUGGAACUGCAUGAAAAGAAACAGCUCUGAAAUAAGAGGUGUUUUGUGUAUGUGUUGUAUUUGGCACACGUUUGCACGACAAGAGGUAGGACUAUCUUGACUGCUGCAUUUUUGCACGUGCCUUUCACAUUCGUGUAAGAGGUAUUUACAUGUUUUCCAGUGAGAAGACCUUUUGUUUUGCUGUAAAGCACUUUUGUCUGAAGUGUUGUGAGUUUCCAGCUAUUAAGAAUGUGAGAAGUGGAGAAACUACAAUUAAUUUCAAUACUCUAAUAUUAUUCAAAAUUAUUUUUGGCACUGGGAAGCUGAAUAUUCUUCUCUUUCUGGAGUCAUCCUAUGUAAGAAUUGUCUAAGGCUUUGUAAAACUGUUGCCCAAUAGACUGGAACAUGGAUCCACAGCUAGACCCCAUGAAGGAUGACUUGCCCUUAAUGGCAAACACCAGCUACAUGCUUGUAAAGCACUAUGUGUUGGACUUGGAUGUGGAUUUUAAAAGUAAAGUUAUUGAAGGCAGCAUAGUUUUAUUCUUUGAGACUGGGAGCCAGCACAGGAAAACCAGCAGUACUGGCAGAGAAUGCUGCCAGUCAGAGUUUGAUCAGUCCCAUAAAAUGAGGGCAUCUGAACCCUGCCACAUUCCUGUGACAAAUGUGAGUGCCUGUUCAUCUGAAAUGAAAUAUAAUGGUUUUGCUGUCAGUGGUGAAGGUGAAGAAGAUACUUCUGAUGAAAAUGGUAACCAUAGCAACAGUGAACAGACUUCUGGGAUUUCCAGUUCAGAGGACUGCUGUGACAGAGAGAAUCAUGGGAACGAGGAUUUUGUGCUGGUAUUGGACUGCUGUGAUUUGUCUGUGCUAAAGGUUGAAGAGGUAGAUGUUGCUGCUGUGUCAGGCAUUGAACAAUUUACAAGGCCUGCCAAGCUAACUGAUGUUUCAAAGGAGCUGGGAAAUCUCAGGAAUCACAUUGUCCAUGAACUUGUGGCUCUACCUGCAAAGCGCUGGGAGGAACAGCUGUGCUGUUUUACUCACUGCAGCCAGGCACCUGGCUGUGGAGAGCUUCCCUUUGCUACUGGCCCUUGGAGCUUGGAGAUCAGGAAACCAGGAAUUGGGACUCCAGCAGACUUCCCUCACGCUAUAAGAAUAUGGUACAAAACCAACCCGGGCGGAAGAUCCGUGGCAUGGACCACAGACCAGAGUGGCAGGCCGUGUGUUUAUACGAUGGGAUCACCAAUAAACAACAGAGCCCUUUUCCCGUGCCAAGAGCCACCCAUUGCCUUGUCAACAUGGCAAGCCUCUGUCCGAGCAGCUGCAGGCUUUGUGGUGUUAAUGAGUGGGGAAAACUCAGCAGAACCGGUCCAGCUUUCAGAAGAUGUCUUGAGCUGGUACUACUAUGUGUCUAUGCCAAUGCCAGCAUCUACCUUCACCAUUGCUGUGGGGUGCUGGCAGGAAGUUAAGCAGCAGUCCUUCACAGCUGCUCUUCCAACAAACACUGAGUUUUCAUUGCCAUCUGUACAAGCUGAUUUCAGCUGGCAUGAAGCAAUGUGUGGCCAUGUGGGAUAUCCCUGCCGUUUCCAGAACCCUGCAGUGAGCUGGCAGGCAGUCAUUCCUCACAGAGUCUUCUCUCCCUGCUGCCUUGUGGAGCUCUGCGAGGAACGUUUGCUCCCGCUCAUCCCUCAGUGCCUCUCUGCUGCUUUCUCCACGCUGGGUACCCACCCCUUCUCCAGGCUUGAUGUUUUGAUAGUUCCUUCCAACUUCUCCAGCCUGGGAAUGGCCAGCCCGCACAUCAUCUUCCUGUCCCAGAGUGUACUGCCAGGAGGGAACCAUCUCUGUGGAACUCGUCUGUGUCAUGAGGUCGCUCAUGCUUGGUUUGGGCUGGCCAUUGGUGCUCGAGACUGGACUGAAGAGUGGAUCAGUGAAGGCUUUGCCACUUUUUUAGAAGAUGUAUUUUGGGCUAGGGCACAACAGCAGCUCUCCCAUGAAGAGGUAAAAGGGCAGCAGCAGCUGAAAGCUUUGCUUCGCUGGCGCCGCCUCAGGGACGAGGUGCAGAACUCUGAGGAAGAGCUGCAAGUUUUGAGGCCCAACAAGGAGAGCACAGGAGAAUUGAGUGAGUCUGGAGCAUCUGUUGUCAAAUAUGGUCUUAAAGCAGAAAAAAUCUUCAUGCAGGUUCACUAUUUGAAGGGUUAUUUCCUUUUGAGGUCUCUGGCAAGGACAGCAGGAGAGGCCUCAUUCCUUCUGUCUUUGCGAAAAUUUGUCCGUAAGUUCCAUGGGCAGCUCGUCCUUUCUCAGGAUUUCCUUUACAUGCUGUUGGAAGACAUCCCUAAACAAAAAAAAUCCGGGUUAACUGUUGAAAGUAUCUUCCAGAACUGGCUUGACACUUCUGGAAUACCAAAGCCCCUGCUGGAGGAGGUCGAGACGUGGAAGGAGUGUCAGCUCGUCCGGCAAGUGCGCGGGGAGGUCACGAAAUGGAUUCAGACAAACCAGAGGGUCAGAAAAAGCAGCAAAAAGAAAAGAAAGCAGGAUGAAGUAAUUUUCCAGAAGCUUCUCCCUGACCAACUGGUCUUACUUCUGGAGUCUCUAUUGGAGGAGAAGACAUUGUGUCCUAGAACACUGCAGUGCUUGGAGAGAACGUACCAGCUCCGGGAGCAGGAUGCUGAGGUUCGUCAUCGGUGGUGUGAGCUUGUCAUCAAACACAAGUAUGUGCCUGGGUAUGGGGAUGUGGAGAGAUUUCUCAGAGAAGAUCAGGAAAGAUCACAGAGAAACUCUUUUAAUAGAUCUGCUUCUAAACCCCGAUGGUACUGGGAUUUCACUGACCCGGAACAUCAAAGGAAGGAUUGUGUGACUGCUAAAACAAUCAUUUGACAGAAAUAUUUACCUUUCUGUAUUUCCAGAGGCUCACUGUAACUGAGACCACAUGCUCAGAAAACAAACUACACACACACUUGUUACUCUGGCUUUAGGUGAUCCUUUGAUUCAAGAUAUUUGGGGUUUGUCCUUAGUCUUUGAUAAUACAACCACUCCAGUUUGCAGAUACCAAGGGCUCUUGAUUUGAACAAUUUAUGCACUGCAGUAAUUUGGAGAUUCUGAAAUUUGAUUAAACUGUAUUGUAUACUUAAAAUUUUGUUUCUAACUUCUUUGUCAUAUUAAAAAAUGCCUCACAUAAAAUUAGCAGGAGCUGGGAUGGGACUUGGGAGAUUAAUUAGAAGGAUAAAUAAUCUGUGGAAAGUGACCUACCAUCAUCCUGGUGAAGGGAUGGGACUGAAGGAAAAACAAAGAUCAGCAUUUUCUCUCUGUGAUGUUUAGGUUAAAUUUUACCAGAAAUGUCAGCCCUGUUUUCUGAAAGUGUCUUUUAUACCCCUGUGCUGCUUCUUUUGCACAGUGAUAUGUCAGUUGUAGCUCUUCUUUCCUGAUCAGUGGAGCACUAUACUUCUUAGAAGAAAUUUUAAUUGGUCCUUUCAGAGAGUAAGAAUUUAAAACACAAAAAUCUGUGAACAUAUUUCCUUUGUACUCUAUUGUUUUACAUAAAAUGAUCUUGUAAAAAUAAAUAUUUUUUUUCAA